AGUUCAAAGAAAAUCUUCGGUCGAAGGGGCCUGAAAGUCAAAGGUAAAAGGCGAAGGAAGUAACGGGUCUUCCUUUGUUCUUCCUAUAUUCUGGCUAGCAUCGUCACUCAGGGAUCAUCUAAUACAAAAGUCGUGAACCACCUGUGGAAUUUCUCUUUCUUCUUCUUUCUAUUGACUAAAGGACAUCCAGAUAGGUAUCACGGAGUUAUUUCGUUUUUCUUAGAAAACGCGAUAGAAAUCUAGAAAACAAUUGAAUCCGAUCUGAUUGGAUCGCGAUCGGAUCGGAAACUUCUCUGAACAGUUUCACAAUAUGUACCUGAUCUGAUUGUUACGGUUUCCUAUAACCGCCAUAAAUUGCCUGUAAAAAUAUCUCAUUCGAUACCUGCUUGAUGCAUUUUUCUUCGCUCACAAAAAUAUGUUUCUUGUUGGUUCAUCCGCGUUUAUUAAACACUUGAAUGUCUUGUCACAUAAUAUCAAGCCAGAUAGCACAAAUUGGGACAUAAAACGUCUUAAAGACGUCCUUAAGAUGUCAUAUGCCGAUUUUGGACAUUAUGCCGUCCGGGAAACGAAGAUGUAGAUGAAUAAAUUCUCAUCAGCCGAUUACUCGACGGCGCGUGCCACGAUCGGGCAGAGAAAAUGACGAAGUGACGUAAAAUGUCGGGGAAAUAACUCACCGUUCGAUCGCUCUCUCGUCGCUCUCCGACGUUAUCGCAAUUUUCCGUCCGGAGGAAAGAAAGCGGUCGCGGCAUUUCGUCGAAAUAGGGAGAAAUCGUGGGCGGCGCGCGCUCGCCGGUCCGAGCCGCGACGGGGCGCCACGCUCGAUGCUGAGUUGCCGAUGAUAGCGCGCGUAUUUAUCGCACGGCUUUUCGAUCCGGCCGACUUUUAUUCGCGAUAACGGCGGAUUAGGCACCGGCGGAAUAUUUCGCCGGCCGGCGGCCGCGUCCGCGCGCAAUUGCUCGCGCGCGGCAGCCCCGCGCGCUGGGCCGCUCAGUGCGUUAUGGAAUGCGCGACGGGCAGCUACCGUGUUACGCGGCUCCGCAGGAUGCUCGGCCGAGAAUGCACGCUAAACGCCCGGAAAGCCGUGCGCCGCGGCCGCCGUCUUGACGUCUCGCCGCCCGACAUCGGACACGGUGCGUACCUCGGCCGUAGGCUGCCCACGCCGACCCGAGAAACACGCUCCCGUAUUUUUCGUCGGUAGCACCGGGUAUACGUGGCAACAGAGCGUGGCUGCCGUGUGAGAGCGCAGCUCUCUGUCACUUCCUAGUCAAGAGAGAAUUCCCGUGUCGGCGGCACCAAACGAGGCACGUCGCCUAUACGCGUGCAGUGAGACGGGGACGUCGCGUGGGAUCCUCGACGUGCUCCCACGCUGGAAUCGCGUACGCCGCCGCCGACAACGCGCGCUUCUUCUGCGAUCGCGGGUCGCGCGCGUCUAGCACUAGUUCGUAGAGAUCGCGGGUGCUGAUUCCCGGCCGCCCGACGACGCUGCCGAGGAUCGCCUCGAGGUUCGCCCAAAGGAUGAUGUGAGGUGCACGUUUGUCCCCCCCCCGGAACGGAGGAGCACUGACGCGCGUACCCGGAUAGCACGCCGCAGCGGAGGCUGUCGAUUUUCGACGGAAAUAGCGCGAUAGGAAUUUCAUGCUACGUAAGUGUCGCCGUUGGUUAGCUGGACUACUGGUGUUACGUCCGCUCAUGUUUCAUCGGGGAGGUUGAUACUCGCGAGGAUACGUCCGCACGGAAUUCCGCCGUCGCCUAUCCGGCUACUGGUGUUACGCGCAGUCCUCGUCCAGCAUAUUCUGUGAUGUCAAUGCUGAGAAUGAUGCAGCCAUACACUAUCAAACGAUUCGAAGACACAAAUGAGAACUGAAUAUGCGGUUUUCAUGUGUGUGUUCUUAAUAUAUGUAUAAAUAUUUGGAAUGUAUACGAGUGUCACGUGGACAACCAGUCAUAUCCGACUGAUUGCUUGGAUCAUUCUCAAUGAUUGCAAACAAUCCAUGUAAUAUCUGUGGUAUGAUACGUGAUUAGAGGAUCAUCGUACAGAUAUACGUAUAGAUUUGCUGAAAUAACCUCUAGCAAGAAGGUGACAGUUGAGAGGUUAGCGCUAGGUCUGUUCUCUCUCAACGAACUUCCAGAACUGGCGUAUGUUGAUAUUUCCAAUGGACCGACACACCUGCAGGCUGUAACGGCACAGAAUGCGACUAAUUUAUUUACUCCUUGGACACUUGCCUCCCUGCAGCGGCGUCAUCCGUACAAGAUAGUUAACCCGACGAGAGUUAAUGGUGCUUUCACGCUUCUGUCGUUAUCCUCCCAUCGGUACAAUGGAGGAGCCAGUUAAGAAGAAGCAGCGGAUCGACGGUAGCGAGGAGCCCAAGAGUGCGCUGGCCGACAUCGAGGAACUGCAGAACAGCCUGCUGGCGCAGUGCCUGUGCAACGUAUCGGAGAGCAGUCUGCGCAAGCCGUUCACAAGCACCACCGUGGAGGCGGCCGACGGCAGCUUUCGCUAUUUCGUCUUGUCCGAGUGGAGCAACGAGCAGACCCUGAAGUUCCUCAGCGCUCUGCAGCUGCUGUUCGACCUGGCGAUCAAGCAGAACGUGAGGGGCCUGAUGUGUAAGCGAGUGUUGGACACGUGCAAGGCGUUGGCGCGCAACGAGCACGGCGUGAUCGAUCAGAUCGUCGAGCUGUCCUACACGAGCGACAAGUUCGUGUCGUUCGCGGCGAGCCGAGUACUCGCGUCCUUCUUCAUCGUCACGAAGGACAACGUGCAGCCGUGGCUGGAGAAGCUCACGCAGUCCCUGCUGAACACGCACUCGCCCGGCCAGAUGCUUUUCAUCCUGGAUGUGGUGAAGAGGGUGGUCGAGCACAAGGACUGCAGUACACACCCGGUGGAGGACGCAGACGCGUCUACCCCGCCGCCCGGCUGCAACACCAUCCUCAUCUCCGACUCCGAGAGCUUCGACAGCACGACGAUCAAGGCGACCUGCGUGAAAGCGCUCGAGUCCAAGUGGAUCAUCCUGGUGUCCAAGUUCGAGGCCAUCCUGAACGCGUACACGCCGCAGCACGAGUCCGUCGUGAUCACCUUCCUGCAUCUCUGGGAGACCGUGAUCUCCGUGAAGGCCAAUCUGUCGGUCAUCGACACUAAGCUCUUCUAUUCGCAGCUGGACAACCUCGUGAUGCUGUUGAACGCGAACGUACCCAGCGUGAUUUGGCGGCACCUGCUCAGCCUGUUCAACGAGGUGCUGUGCUACGGCAGCACUCUCGCGCUGCAGGACGUCUUGCCGGACGAGCCGUGUUCCCUGGCCCACCUGAUCGUGCGCGCGGUCAAAGACUGGCGGCUCCUCGACGCGAUGCCGUACCGCCACGGCUCCGGCCGAUUCGGCGGUGGCACCGGCGAGGGCGAUCGCCCGCUCCUCCAGAAGAUGGUGCUGCUGGUGCUGAAGAGCGUCGCCGUGACGGUGCGGGAGACGCGCAGCGACACCAGCGAUUCCUCCCUCGGCUCCGAGGCUGAGGACCUGGACGCGGACAUGGCGGUGAUCGAGAGGAGCAUCCGCGAGGUGCUGCGCCAGCUGGACCAGUGCGUCAAGACGCUGAUGCCGUUCCACCCGGAGAUGCCGUUGUCCCAGUGGGUCGUCCAGAUGUUCCACGACCAGGACGACUUCCUCAUCGAGGGUAUGGUCUGCUGCCUCGACGUCGCCGUCGGCCUCUUCUACCGCGGCCCCCCGCAAAACGACCUCGGUCAUAUGCUCAGCCCGACGCUCACCUUCGUCCAAUUCGUCAACGCCGUGUCGCAGGACCCGGAUGUGCUGUUGGACCUGCUCGUCAGCAACGAGACCUGUUUCCUCCUCUACCUGCUGCGCUUCCUCAAGUACAUCCGGCGCAACUGGCUCGAGUUCGUGUCGUGCUGCGCCCGUGAGCUGCCGGACAUUAUGACGGUUCUCACGAGACUGCGAAUGGCCAUCAAUCGGCUGGUGUCCAAGGCACUGUUCCCUUACAAUAUCAAUCCGGUCCUACGUUUGCUCGACAAGUGCGAAUCCUUCUACGAGGGUAACGCGGACAAUUGAGUGUGAUGUAAGAUAACGGCAGGGAGAGAGAGAGGCUGCGCUCCGAUAUUUACUGCCAGUACUGAAAUUCUGUAGUAUACGUAUGGUCUGUUCCUUACAGCUGAAUUGGCUGCGUUAGUGCAACAAAUUUACGUAUACAUUAAAGUGUACGAAAUGUACGGUUCUCAGUGUGCGCAAUUUUCUCCAACUAGUGCAGUUCAUUUAGUUGUAAAAAAUAGACCGAUAAAGUUAUAGAAUUCUGGUACUGGUGGUGAAUUUCAAAACGCAACCUGAUUCGCAAAAGUUGCGUGGUGUCGUAACCCAGCGUGUACAGAUCGUGUAAGCCGAGUAUCCUUUCUCUCUCUCCCUCCACACUACAAUAGCUAGGAUCGUUCUCGUCGUCGCCGUCAUCUGUAAAAUAUCGCGAAGCUGUACAGAUCAUGCCGCAUCUCCGCGUUAUCGGCGGAACAAGCGACUGAACUAACGCUAUCCUCGUAGCUGACACCCCGUAGCUGACUAAGUGCGAGGCUUAGGAAGAGCGCAUCGAAGCGCGUCUCUAUUUAUUAGUUCUAGCGAAAUUUCUCAAACGUAGCUGAAAUUGCGACGGGGCGCGCGCCCCUCGUCUUUCUCGCGGAUGCAGCGGUUUUGAGCCGCGCGCGAUUCUAUCUCACAAAUUUCGGGUAGUUUACACGAGUCGGACCUGUGCGGACGAACGAAAGUCACCUGUUGUCGCGUCAUCCAAAAACUGAACUGCAUUCGCGUGGUGCUGAUGAAAGUACGCUUUUGUACCAAAGCACCAUUGGAAGAGAUGAAUCGUAAUAUGUAUACAACUAGGAUAGUAUUUAUGUGUAUACUUCAGACUCUAUGUAUGUACAAUUUGCCAGUUGAGUAGAGAGCAUCUGUAAAUGGAAUCUUACAUGUAUCUUCACACUUUUCGGCCGAGCCACAUGUAUAUAUCGCGUGAAACGUGAACGGAAGAGUCGGUCCUUCAAAAUUGAUGAUUACAUCUCGCAACACACGUUUGCUGGAUCGCUGGGGUGGAGGGGGGGAGUUUCUCUCUUCGAGUAAUUUUUAGAGACGCGGACAAGACAACAAGGAGAAAGAUUUUUUUUUUCCGUGUGUGUCUAUCCAUGAGUAGAUAUUGCGUAAAUUAAAAUACAAUAAAUAAGGAAACUGCGACGCGUAGAAAAUUCUCUAUCGAAACCGGAUCGGAUUUUGUACGUAUGAUUCCUUGUAAAAGCGUGCAUUUUAUGGUUUUUUUUCAUAAACUUUGCUCAACUCUCGAGACUUCGAUGUUUGACGGUGUCGCUGACGCGACAAUACCAAGAAUGUACCCUUAGUUGGCGCUCCGUUAUUAAACUGCAAAAUGAGAAAUGAAAUCUUCCACGAUAUCAUAACACUGCCUCUAUAUGAAAACGAAAACAACGUUAUCCGCAACCGUCUCGAGAUUUCCGAAUGAAAACCUAUUUGUAAAUAGCAAUAUUAACAACGAUUAAUUAACGCGCGGCGUACGCAGAUAAGAUUUCCUCUCCUGUAAGUACCCAUGUAUGGCACUAAAAUUCUCACAUUUUUACUUUUAUAA